AUAACCCACUUUUCAGAGGGUAUAAAACAGUCUCUCUGUCCUCUGUCACAUCCACUGCUUUGUUCACAGACCUUUCAUUUCUAUCUCCAACACCGAGUCCCUUCAAGCAGCAACCAUGACCCAGCUAGAGACCGCCAUGGCCAUCCUCAUGAAGACUUUUGAUACGUAUGCCGGUGCAGAGGGUAACAAAAACUCCCUGAGCAAAGCCGAGGUCAAGACUUUGCUGGAGAAGGAGUUGCCUGGACUGCUUAAGGCAGCGAAGAACCAAGCAGAGGUGGAUAAGCUGCUGAAGAGUCUGGAUGUCAACGGUGACGCUGAGGUGGACUUCAGUGAGUUCGUGGUGCUGGUAGCUUCUAUAACCUGUGCCUGCCAUGACCGCUGUCUCAAGAAGUAAAUGGGAUGACAGAAGAACGCCAACAAUGACAUGUAACCCUGUAACUGAUGUUUAAUGUAAUGAUUAAAUAAAAAGGUUUACCAGACGGAA